GCUCUGGCACUGGACUCCAGGCCAGAGUGCUAGGCCUCCCUCCUCAUGUGGUUGCUUUCUUUCCUGAUUAGAAGUGAUUAGGCAGCCCUAAAGCCCACAGAAAUGUGACCGAUGGGGACGGAGACAAAGAGUCCAUUCAAGAUCUCUUAAAUCCCCAGGACAGUAUUUAGAGAGCCCUGAAGAGAGCCCUGGAGCAGAACCACCCCAUCACUGCCUCCUUGUUCUCCCUCCUCCUUUUGUGCCCUUCCUCACCAGCAUCUCCACCAUGCCCUUCUCUGAAGCGGAGGUGCAGAGUGCCCGUGGUGCCUGGGAGAAGUUGUAUGUGGAUGCUGAGGACAACGGGACAGCAGUGCUGGUCAGGAUGUUUACCGAGCACCCAGAUACCAAGUCCUACUUCACACACUUCAAAGGCAUGGACUCCGCCGAAGAGAUGAAACAGUCGGAUCAGGUCAGGGGCCAUGGCAAGAGGGUUUUCACCGCCAUCAACGACAUGGUGCAACACCUGGACAACACUGAAGCUUUUCUUGGGAUACUGAACCCACUCGGCCAGAAACAUGCCACCCAGCUCAAGGUUGACCCCAAAAACUUCAGGAUCAUCUGUGACAUCAUCUUGCAAAUGAUGGAGGAGAAAUUUGGUGGAGACUGCAAAGCCUCUUUUGAGAAGGUGACCAAUGAAAUCUGCACUCACCUGAACAAUGUCUACAAAGAAGGGGGUUGGUGAGGAAGUGCAACCUCUAGCCUCUUCAAACUUCUCACUAGCACUGAUUCACUGCUUUUGGGCCUCCAGCCACAGUUGGAAGAAUGAAAAAGUAAAAAAAAAAAAAGCCAAAAAUAAAUAAGAUAGAUGUUAAUGUCAAUAAUUUCUGUAGCAAACUGAGUUUCCACAGUUAAAUGAAAACUGCAGAUACAUCAAAGCCAAACAAAUCCUGACGUGCCUUGCAGCUGAGGUGCUCCAAGUGGGUUCCUCUGGCUACAGUCCUUGGAGACUACAUUUUAAGACCAAGACUUGAAGCUUGCUUUUCCUGGAAGACUUGCUUCAUUCAGCAGCAACAGCCUAGAGAGAGAACCAGCAGCUCUUUACCUUUCCAUUCUCAUCAAUGACAAGCAGGAGACCGUUUUGAAGCAUUUUCUGGGUCAGGGACUUUGUAGAGGUCAUUUUUCAAGAGACAUGGGAGUUUCACAUUUGAACUGCAGCAAUGGGAGCAGUGGGGAGUGCUCCGUGUUUGGAGAAGACUAACAUCUGAAAAAGAGACAGGGAAAGUCCCAACUUGGGCAAGUCAACGGAGUCCCCCAGCUUGGGGAGAGGUGACUCAGAGCAGCUUCCAGUGUGGGUGGGGACAUCUCCAGUGCCUGGAUUUCCUGCUGCUACUCCCAGAAAAUUCCUCUGGCCAUGUGCCCAGGAGACAGCAAUAGCACCCAGCUCACUGUUGCCCACACUACCUUUCCUGCCGCAAGGCCUGCGUCUCCCUUCAGCAGUAACCGAGUCCAGAACUGUUUAAUUGCAAUUGUUUAAUUGUUUAAUUGACGUGGUGAAAUCAUCAGCUGAUAACUGCAAAUAACCACAUGCUGUUUUGCUUAAGUGUAACACAAUAAA